GUUUCUAUAAAGAAAAAAAUCGUUUCCAUGGAUACGUUUGACAUACUUAAGCAAAUUAAAAUAACGGCGGGUUACAUGAAAGUCCUAUAUACGCCUUAUUAAUUUUAAAAUGUUCUGAGCCUUUUUCAGUAUUAAAUAAAAGAUAUAAGUAGAAAUUGCGGUUAAUGAAAUCCUAUAUAUUUACUCAAUUAAAAAUAUAAUUACGAAAGAAUUCGUUAUGAUGAAUUCUGAAGUUACCAAGUUUCUAGUUUCUUUCAAUGGUCAAAUAGAGCAUAUUAAAUUUCCUGCAGGUGUUUUUGAUAAUCAACUUUAUAUACAAUAUGAUAUCGUGUGGGGUCCAGAUUGGGACCCUAUAUCUGGACUGUGUUCUGGAACCAGUCAACUUGCCACAUCUGGAAGUGAUCCUGAAAAAGUAAUAUUUAAUUUGCCAUUAGAUAUUGUAUUUGGCAGUACCAAUGUAUAUGGUUGGCCCCAAUUAAUUGUGACAGUAAGAGCUAAGAGUUUCUUCAUGGGCGACACUCUCCGAGGAUAUGCUGUCUUUUUACUACCACCAAUAACUGGAUCCCAUGAGUUAAAGUCAUCCUUAAUACAACCUCGGUCAGCAACAGUUUUGGGAGAAUGGUUAUCAUGGCUGACAGGGAGACAUCCUGAAUUGGCUGACCCAAAAAUGCUAGCAAAUGGAAAAGAUAACUAUUUAUUGCGGACAGAGUCAUAUGGAAGUGUUACAUUGAAAAUUUCAAUGCUGUCAAAGGAUUUAAGGAAACUUGGUUAUGACAACCAGCCACCAACUUUGAAAAAUUAUGUUGCUUAACAUUUGCUUUGGACGUCCA